AUGGACGCGAAUGUGUCUGAAUCUUUAGUAUUGGCCUUAGAGAUUUCAUCUAAACGAAAGUUGGAUGAUAGUUUGAUCAAUCUACCCUUAUUCAAAGAAAUAAAUGAACAAAACGCUCAAGCUCAAGAAAGGAAGCAAUGGGGCCAAAUGAAGAAUAAACAGGAGCAGGCCAAUCGAACCAGAAGUCGCUUCAUGCCACCUUUAGCAGCAUACACGGCUGAAUAUGAGUCUCCUGCAUAUUCUUUCGUUGACGGCGAAUCGGCGGCAUUUGAUGGAUUUGAAAUGAAAUCAAACCUUAACCAUUCGAAACUAGCACAAAUUCGAAUGCUGGGAUGGAACAACAUUAAACCCAUUGGGAUAGGUAGAACUGCGAAAGAAUUAGAUGAAGCUCAAAGAAUGAUAAGACAACAAGAAGAGAAGCAGAACGAGGAUCGAAGGAGCCAUCAAGGUAAUCGUGUUGAGGAUAACCAUACCGACCCUCCCCAAAUAACAUCCUAUCAAGAAAAUUCAUAUGCAAUAUCGCCACCUGAUAUGGAUUUCGACUUAGAUCAAGGAGUGCAGGAGGAGGAUAAUUCUUACGAUUACGAUGAUGAAUAUGCACGCGUGGAACAGGAAGUGGAAAUACAGACAAAUCCCAGACAAGAUCAACAUCAGAGAGCAGGGACUAGUGUUUCCGUUCAGCAAUUUGUUGAAACUUCACAUGUUGAUGGGAUUAACCAUCCAUAUGCUAUUGAACAAGAUUAUAAUAAUGGGUAUGGUUAUAGCGACGAUGGUCAAGAAGACUCAGGAGAUGGCGAUUUAACUCUCAUGCCACCAGUCAAUAUUUCAGACACUGUCGAUUACGACGAUGACCACAGCGAAGCUCAAAUACCGACAAUCAGAAUUUUACGACCAAGCUAA